GUAUGAAGAACAGCACGGUUCUAAGUUGCUUUUUUCAAUUUUCUUAUUAUGUUUUAUGCUUAAAGUGAUCAUCAGGCAACUCCUAUAUUACUCUUUCUAAAAGCUUCAUGUAAGGAUAUUUUGCAACAUGCUUAUUAUGAGAAUUCCUCUAAACAUUCUGUCUAGUGUCCAGUCUUUAUGUGCUUGCUUAGUGGAAUCGUUAGCAACAAUACGGUUUAUAUUAAGAUGCGCUGUUCUCUGUUUGUCUUUUUCUGAUAUCUGCUGGACGUACUGUUACUUUGGAAAAAGGGAGAUAAGAAAUGGCAUAAUUCACAAACUUUUAAUGAACUUUAUGAAAAAGUAGACACACAAGGACUUUAACUUACAAUAAAAGAGGUCUGAUAUUCAUUAACAAAUUUAAAAAUUAGGUAUUCAAGAGGUGAGAGCAAGCAUUGACCAAAAGCUGCAUCACAGAAAGCGAAAAAUAAACUUUUGGACAACAACAUCAAUAGGGUUUUCAAAAUUGAAGAAAAUGAGAAAAAAAAUUGAAGGAGUGCAUUCGGUAGCUUUAGCAAAUUGAGCCAAUCUCUAAAAACUUUAAUAGCUCAAGCAAAAAUGCUCUUUAACGAGAGUAAAAUGUGAUUCCAAUUCAUAGGAGAAAGAAAAAAGGGAAUGAAAAAAGAGGGAUUCAAAGAAAUUGAGAACAGGGAAGAUUGACUGAAAGGAAAAGAGAAAAACAAGGCUAGAGUUAAAGGACACUAGACUGGUCUCUGCUAAGAUUAAAUACUUAGGCACUAAAUGUCUUCAUCAAUCAGGUCCUUAAUGAAUUUGACAUCACAUUCGUUUUUAAGACCAACAACUAAAGGUAAGAUAUCACGUAUACAAUCAAUCUGACGUCACAAACGGUUUUGAUUGCUAUAAAAGGGGAUGCGUACAGCAAGAGAUUAAUUGGCGAAGAGUAUCGUUAUCUAAGCGGUGUUCUUCAGCAAUCUUCUACAAGUUGUGAAUAUAGUUUGUACAAAAGAUCUACGUGUAUCUACGCGAGCUGUUGUUUGUGAUUUGUGCGUUACUUACAUCGGAUUAUGAUCAACAUGUCGUUGAAAAGUGAAGAGAAAACGGCCGGUGGUGACUCGACUUUGGUGAAGGAGCUAAUGAGCGAACUGGAGACGUCGAAGAAAGAAGCGAGCAAGCUAAAAGAACUGAACGGAGUUUUGGUGAAGUGAGUGCAAAUUGUCGAUUCUUCAUAAAGUUUAAUAUCUUUUUGCUUUUUACGAAAUAAUUUUGAAAGUAUUGAACGAGGAUCAAGAUACAGUUUCAUCCUAAGUUUCUUUGCCUUAAUGUAAACCCUCAACUGCAAGUAAACGUUUUCUGUCGAGCAUCGACAACAAAAAUUAUAUGAGUUUCUUUUUUUAUUCCAGAAAAUCCAAGGACCGAGAGAGAGCAUUUAAGUUAGAGAAGGAUCAGUGCAAAAUGGAGGUCAGCAUGGGUUACCAAUACAGUUUCUUAUAAGAAAAUGAUACCCAAAACUUUCAUUAAUACUCCAUGUUCCUAUAGAGCUUAAUGUUUUACUUUUGCUGUAUCGAUAAACGAUUUCCAAGGAAUCUUUUAGACGACAAAUAAUUUUGGAUAUAUUUUCUGAUCCUAGAUAAAUGAUCUUAAAAUGCAAAUGAGUGGCUUGACGGAAGUACUAAACUAUCAACAAGACAUGGCGGAUGAGUUGGUACAACGUGAGCCAGAGAAAGUCAAGAAAUUAAAACGUCAGAAGAAGGAAUUGACUGACAAGUGUGAAGAGAAGGAGAAACAGCUGGAGGAAUUGAAAAAGGAGUUUCAGGAAAUGGAAGUUGCCUUUGAAAGCAAGGAAACCGAAAACAAAGAAACCAAAGAGGCAAUGCUGGAAUUGCAAGGCGAAAACAUCAAACUCCUCAGUGAAAAGUUUCUACUUGAAGGUCGUCUUGAAGAGAUAGAAAAUAACCUUUUCAAAAAAGAAGACGAAAUUUCGGAUCUCAAACGUCAGAUAGAAGAGCUUAAAAACAAAAUGCAAAAAGACCAGACAUGCAUUGCUCAACAAGCAUCAAUCAUUUGUAACCAAGAGGCAAAGAUCGAGCAGAUAGAGAUUGAUGCAGUCAAAAAGGGUCUGAGAAUAUGGGAGCUCAAGCAUGAAAUGAAGGAAGCCAACACCAAAGUGGUAAAAGAAGUGGCCGAAAUUACUGUAAAGAACGUCGUCAGGGAAGCAGGAGACAUGGCUCGAAUUUUGAAUCUGGAAAACAAAAAUAUCUCACUCAGGUCAGAAAUUGAAUCUUUGAUGCAGAAAACAGAAAGGCUGGAGAAAUUAAUUACCGAGCUGCAGAACAAUGCACAAAACAUGGCAGCCACAGCUGAAUCAAAGAUUAGAGAAAUGGCUGACAAAAUUCAAGAAGCCACUAAGAGUGCGGAAACUUCAGAAAAGAGAGCAAACGAGCUUGAAGCAUUUCUCAACGAGACUACUGAAUCAUUGGCAAAUGCUACGGAGCAAGUCGAAAUCACAAUACAAGAAAAAGAUGCCCUUCUUGUCAGCCUGAAGGAGAAGGACCAGGCUUUGAAGUGGCAGCUCCGUGAAAACAAGCAAAUGAGGUAUGAGAUUGACAUUCAAGACAUGAGGAUCGAAAACAUGGCAGCGAGGCUUAAAAACAUUGCACAGAUUUGCUUUGAUACCCCAGAGCUUAAUGGGGACAGUGAGGAGAGGUUGGAUCAAAUGAUCGAAAGAAUACAAGGGAUGCAGGAAACAUUGGCAAAAGUGGAAGUGAAAAAGAAGCCUUUUGUGAAAAGACUUUUUAAAAGAUUUCGUUGUGCAAACAGACUUUAACAAAUAUAAGACAACGUUAACAUCCAUAUAGUAUUUAAACUUUUUUCUAAGUAUUGUAAUUGAUUAAAAUUUUGUUUGGAAAAAAAGAUUUUCUUUGAAAAAGUUUUGUAUAUUUUUGUCUCUCUCUUUCUGGC